CCCGUGCACCCGGCCCCCUGCUUUCCGCUGGAUCUGGCGGAAAUGAGCCACGGGCUGGGCAGUGGAGCCCCCCGAGCAGGGCCCCGCGCGGGCGACGACCAGGCUCGUUGUGUUCCCAAGGCCGCCGGCCCGGCGCAGUGACCCUGCUGGGGCCAGAUUCACUUGCGCGCACCCCCUCCCAGCUUGGGAGACACGCCCUCCCACCAAGAUCCCUUCGGCGUUGGUCUCCGGCAGCUUCAUCACCUCUGGUCCUGUGCGCCCCCAGCGUGGAAGACCUGCUCGCGUUCGAACCUGUGCACUUCUAAGGUGGCUCUAGGAUGGUGGGGGAACUCCGCUACAGAGAAUUCAGGGUGCCCCUGGGUCCUGGCCUGCAUGCCUAUCCUGAUGAGCUGAUCCGACAGCGAGUGGGCCAUGACGGGCACCCUGAGUACCAGAUCCGCUGGCUCAUCCUUAGGCGCGGAGAGGAUGGGGAAGGGGGCUCUGGCCAAGUGCGCUGCAAGGCUGAGCACAUCCUGCUGUGGAUGUCUGAUGAUGAGAUCUAUGCCAACUGCCACAAGAUGCUAGGCGAGAAUGGCCAGGUCAUCGGGCCCUCCCAGGAAUCUACAAUGGAGUCUGGGACCUUGGACAAAUCUGUGCUUGGGGAGAUGGAAGCUGAUGUAAAGUCCCUGAUUCAGAGGGCACUUCGGCAGCUGGAGGAGUGUGUGGGCACUGCCCCUCCUGCCGCUCUGCUCCACACCGUCCAUGUGCUCAGUGCCUAUGCCAGCAUUGAGCCCCUCACUGAGGUCUUUAAAGACCCAAAGAUCCUGGACUUGCUCAUGCACAUGUUGAGUAGCCCGGAUUAUCAGAUUCGUUGGAGUGCUGGCCGAAUGAUACAGGCCCUGUCCUCCCACGAUGCUGAGACACGGACUCAGAUCCUUCUGUCAUUGAGCCAGCAAGAGGCCAUUGAGAAACACUUGGAUUUUGAAAGCCGCUGCGCCCUGCUGGCGCUGUUUGCACAGGCCACACUAGCUGAACACCCCAUGUCUUUCGAGGGCAUCCAGCUGCCACAGGUCCCAGGAAAGCUGCUUUUCUCCCUGGUGAAGCGGUAUUUGCAUGCCACCUCACUCCUGGAUCAGCUGAACAACAGACCUCAGGAACCAGGAAUCCCUGCAGAAUUGAGUGAGGAGAGGGCCCGGCUGGAUCUGGAAUUCAGUAUGGCCAUGGGCGCCCUGAUCUCAGAGUUGGUGCAGGCUAUGUGCUGGGACCAGGCCUCAGGCAGAUCAGGGGGCUCGGCGCGGUCCCCCUGUUCCAUCUUCCAGCCACAGCCAGUAGAUGCCAGCCCAGAGCUCCUGCCCAGUCCUGCCCGGCACUCCUCCAGGAGAAGAUCAAGGCGGUUCCGCUCUCGAACCGAGUUCGCAAGUGCUAAUACUUAUGCCUUAUACGUGCGGGACGUGGUGCAGCCAGGCAUGCGAGUGCGGAUGCUGGAGGAUUAUGAGGAGAUCAGUGCUGGGGACGAGGGCGAGUUCCAGCAAAGCAACAGAGGCGUGCCUCCUGCCCAGGUGCUGUGGGAGUCACUGGGCCGCACCUAUUGGGUGCACUGGCACAUGCUGGAGAUCCUGGGCUUCGAGGAAGAUGCUGAGGACUUGGUGGAGGCUACUGACCACCAGGAGGCAGUGGUCAGUGGAGCCCUGGGUGGAGUUCUGCCCUCCUGGCGCUGGAAGCCCAUGACUGAGCUAUAUGCUGUGCCGUAUGUGCUGCCUGAUGAGGAAGAUGCGGAGGGGAGCGAGCACCUGAGCCAGGCAGAGUGGUGGGAGCUGCUGUUCUUCAUCAGGAAGUUGGAUGAGGCUGACCAACGGGAGAUUAUCCAGAUGCUGCAGGAGAACCUGGAUGGGGAGCACGUGCUGGACGAGGAUAUCCUGCCUGAACUGGCUGUGCCUGUGGAGUUAGCCUGCAACCUGCUGGUGGUACUGCUACAGAAACUUGACUACAGUGCUCUCAGGGAUCUGUUCAACUGCCGAAUCUACAGGAAAUUCCCCUCCAAGCUUCCAGCCAGGCAGCCAGCCUACCAAUCCCUUCUCCAAGCCCAGACCCAGGAAGAGGCAGCCAGAGCAGAAGAGAAAGAGCCCCACUGUGAGAGCUCUGGUGCCCUGCAGCGUCUGGCGGAGGGUUUGGGGCCCUCUGGGCAACUGCUCAUAGACCUUGAGCGAGCCCUGGGCUGUCUGGGGCCCCAGGAAGGUGAGGUCAGGCCGUGCCUGCUACAGCUCCAGAGGCAGCCCCAGGCCUUCCUUGCCCUCCUGCGCAGCCUGGACACCCCAGCCACCAACAAGGCCCUGCAGCUGGCCGCACUGAGAGUUCUGACGCAGCUGGCGGACUUCCCUGAGGCUCUGCUGCUGCCCUGGCAUGAGGCCAUGAAUGCCUGUGUGGCCUGCCUGAAGUCCCCCAACACUGACUAUAAGGUGCUCCAGGAGCUCAUCAUCUUGCUGCACCGCCUGACCUCAGGGAGCAGGGACCAUGCCGUGGUGCUAAACCAGCUAGGAGCCCACAAUGCCAUCUCCACAGCCCUGGAGAAGCACCCAGGAAAACUGGAGUCAGCCUUGGAGCUGCGGGAUGCCAUAUCCAAGUGCGAGAAGCACACAGUCCUCUACCAGAACCUCAUCACCAACGUCCUAGGCGGCUCCAUCCAGAUGGUGCUGGGCCAGAUCGAAGAACACAGACGAACCCACCGGCCCAUCAACAUCCCUUUCUUUGAUACAUUCCUCAGAUAUCUCUGCCAGGGAUCCACCGUGGACAUGGAAGAGGACAGGUGCUGGGAGAAGGUGGAGGUGUCCUCCAACCCGCACCGGGCCAGCAAGCUGAUGGACCGCAACCCCAAGACCUACUGGGAGUCCAGUGGCAGCACCGGUUCCCACCACAUCACUUUGCACAUGCGCCAAGGUGUCCUCAUCAGGCAGCUGACUCUGCUGGUGGCCAGGGAAGACACAAGCUACAUGCCAGCACUGGUGGUGGUAUAUGGAGGCAACACCACCAGCUCUCUUAACACGGAACUCAACUCGGUGAAUGUGAUGCCUUGUGCCAGCCGGGUGACCCUGUUGGAGAACCUGACCCGCUUCUGGCCCAUCCUUCAGAUCCGCAUAAAGCGCUGCCAGCAGGGUGGCAUCGACACACGCAUUCGGGGUGUAGAGGUCCUGGGCCCCAAACCCAGUUUCUGGCCAGCAUUUCGGGAACUUCUGUGUCGCCACACACGUCUUUUCUACAUGGUUCGGGCACAGGCCUGGAGCCAGGACAUAGCUGAGGAUCGCAGGAGCCUCCUGCACCUGAGUUCCAGGCUCAACGGGGCCCUGCGCCAGGAACAGAAUUUUGCUGAUCGCUUCCUCCCUGAUGAUAAGGCAGCUCGGGCACUGGGCAAGACCUGUUGGGAGGCCCUGGUCAGCCCCCUGGUGCAGAACAUCACCUCACCUGGAGACAUGCCAUAUAUGGCUUGCUUUUCUGGACCUCCAGAUGAGGAUGGUGUGAGUGCGCUGGGCUGGCUGCUGAACCAGUACCUAGAGUGUCGUGAGGCUGCCCACAAUCCUCAGAGCCGUGCGGCUGCCUUCUCAUCACGUGUGCGUCGCCUCACCCACCUGCUAGUGCACGUGGAGCCCUGCGAGCCCACAGCAGCCCUUUGGCCCAAGAAUAGAAAUGGAAGCCGUGACUGGGGCUCCCCAGCCACCCGGGGCCUCUCAGGCAGCAUCCUGAGGAACCUGAUGCGCUGCUGGCGUGCUGUGGUGGAGGAACAGGUGAAUGCCUUCCUGACCUUGCACUGGCGGGACGAUGACUUCGUCCAGCGCUACUGUGAGCGCUUCUACAACCUGCAGAAGUCUAGCUCUGAGCUGUUUGGGCCGAGGGCUACCUUCCUGCUAGCACUGCAGAGCGGCUGUGCUGGGGCCCUUCUGCAACUGCCUUUCCUCAGAGCCGCACACGUGAGCGAGCAGUUUGCCCGGCACAUCGACCAGCGGAUCCAGAGCAGCCGGGUUGGAGGUGCCCAGGGCAUGGAGACACUGGUGCAGCUGCAGAGGUGCCUAGAAGCGACCCUUGUUUUCUCUGGCCUGGAAGUGGCUACCACCUUUGAGCAUUACUACCAGCACUACAUGGCUGACCGUCUCCUGAGCUUGGGCCCUAGCUGGCUGGAGGGGGCGGUGCUGGAGCAGAUCGGCCUCUGCUUCCCCAACCGCCUCCCACAGCUGAUGUUGCGGAGCCUGCGAACCUCAGAGGAGCUACAGCGCCAAUUCCACGUCUACCAGCUGCAGCAGCUUGAUGAGGAACUGCUGAAGCUGGAAGACACGGAGAGGAAACUGCAGGUGGGCCAGGAGGCUGGUGGCCCGGAACCUGAACAUGAGAUGGAGGAUGUGAAGGCAGCUGAAGCUGCAGCCGUAGCAGAGGGCGAGGAAGAGGAGAGUGAGGAUUUCUGCUAUGAAGGGGUGAUGCCCAAAGUGUCCGUGCUUGUCCUGUCCCCACGCUGCUGGCCUGUCACCUCCAUCUGCCAUAUGCUGAAUCCCAAAACCUGCCUGCCCUCCUACCUGAGGGGAACCUUGAAUCAAUACUCCAACUUCUACCAUAAGAGUCACACCCAGCCGGCCCUAGAGGGAGGCAUGCAUCGGCAGUUGGAGUGGACAUGGCUGGGCCGUGCAGAGCUGCAGUUUGGGGACCAGACCCUACACGUGUCCACCAUGCAGAUGUGGCUGCUGCUGCAUUUCAACAGUCUGAAGGUGGUGUCCGUAGAGAGCCUGCUGGCGCACUCGGGGCUCCCUCCGCACCUGCUGCAUCGGGCCAUCGGGCCUCUCACGUCCACACGGGGCCCCUUGGACCUGCAAGAGCAGGAGGACACCCCAGGAGGGGUGCUCAAGAUUCGAGAUGCUGCUGAGGAACCCAGGCCAAGGUGGGGCAGCGUGUGGCUCGUCCCGCCUCAGACGUACCUGGAGGUGGAAGAUGAGGGCCGAAGCCUGGAGAAGAGGCGGAACCUGCUGAACUGCCUGGUUGUCCGGGUCCUCAAGGCCCACAGCGACGAGGGCCUGCACAUUGACCGGCUUGUCUGCCUGGUACUGGAGGCUUGGCAGAAGGGCCCGUGCCCGCCCCGGGGUUUGAUCAGCAACCUUGGCAAGGGCGCCACAUGUAGCAGCACUGACGUCCUCUCUUCCGUCCUGCACUUGCUGGGCAAGGGCACACUGAGACGCCAUGACACCCGACCACAGGUGCUAUUGUACGCGGUCCCUGUGACAGUAGUGGAGCCCCACACAGAGUCCCUGAGCCCAGGAUCCUCGGGCCCCAACCCACCCCUCACCUUCCACACCCUCCAGAUUCGUUCCCGGGGUGUCCCCUAUGCCUCCUGCACUGGCACCCACAGCUUUUCUACCUUCCGGUAGCCCUGGACUGGGGUUUUACUUCUGGAAAUAAAAUGAAUUUGAUUGUGAG